CCGACGGCGGCGUGACCCGGAGGCGCCGCUCAUCGGCAACGACAAGGGUAAGUCCGUAAGUCCUCCUCCUCGUCUGCCUCCCUCUAACUGUAUUUGAUCUCCUCGCCGCCCUCUCCACUGCCGUCCCAGAUUAGUUCCUCCUCGUAGGGGCUGGGGAUCACCAUUGAGGCGAGGAAGGUUGGAUUCAUCCUGUUCAUCAUUAUCCAGUCCUCUAGGAAAGGCACCAAGACGGGUUUCAAGGAGUCACAGCCUUAGAAGGCCUCCAAGAGGAAGGAGCGGCUCAAGCGACAGCAGGAGCAGCAGCUCGCCUUCCCCAAGGAGCAGGAAGAAAGAAACUCGUGACGUGUCUUGUUCCUGAAGGACACCAUCUCCAAGGAGGUUCUUCCUGCCUCUCUACCCCCUCUCGGCGGCGGCACCGCCGCUGACGCUGCGCUAUAGACCUCCCCCCCCCCCUCCGCCGCCCAUGUCCCUGUCCCCCGCCCUGACUGCGGCGUGACCUGGAGGCGCCCCUCAUCGGCAAUGAAGUCUGUAAGUCCGCCUCCUUGCCUGCCUCCAGCUAACUGUAUUGAUCUUGUGAUUCAAGCAGUUUCCAUCUGUCAAUUUUGGGUAGUAAGACCGCCAACCACAUUAAUUGUGUUGGUGAGAAGAACACCACCCCUCCUCCUCACCGCCCUCUCCACUCCCUUCCCAGAUCAGUUUCUCCACGUAGCAACCACUGCUCGUAGGGACUGGGGACCACCAUUGGGGCGAGAAAGGUUGGAUUCAUCCUAUUCUUCAUUACCCAGUCCUCCAAGAAAGAUGGAACCUGCCCUUGUGGAUGAAAAACUAAUUCCUUGGGAGUUAAACAAGUUUAAGUUGAAUCCAUUACGUAAUGGUGGUGUCAUUGCUUAUUAUCAAAUCAAUAAGCCUUCAGAUCUCACUGCAACUGCUCAGUUAGCACCAAAGGAUAGGCCUCUAGUCUGUCUGCAUCUGAAAGAGUCAGAAAAUUUGCCUAAGAUAUCAAUUAUGAAUCUGAGGCAUCGGAAUAUUUUACGAGUUGAAGCUGUACAAAAAUUGGAACUGCCGUUCUCGAACCAGAAAAACAUUGCUGUUGUUGUGGAGCCUCAUGAUGGACCUCUCACUUGGUUUUUAGUCAGAUUGCUUCUGACCGAGAAGGGCAGUAAUGCCGUCCCAUCACAGUCUCUUAGAGAUGUUAUAAGACAAAUUGUGGAGGCUAUUGAAGAGCUCAGAAUAAAUGGAGUCUAUCAUGGCAAUCUUACAAUACAUAAUAUAUACCAUUCAAGAGUUGGUGGUGCUAUUGUAGUGAAGUUGGUUAAUUUUCAAAACAGAGAUAUCGAAUUGGAGGCUGCACAGUUAAUGGACUGGGUUGGGCUUGGUAAUAUUCUUCAUACUAUUUCAACUGCAGCAAAGUUCAGGGAUAAUACUGCCUCGUGCUCCAUAAUUGACCAUCUGGCAUCAAAAUUGAUGGCAUUAACAAGCAUUAACUGUCUUCCGAGUAUAAAAAAGGGUACACUAGAUGAUAUGUUACAAGGGUGAAGAACCACGCGUGGCCACUACCAUGGGACAGUAAGCAUUUUGGACUCGUAAAGGCCAUGAACGACUACCGUGAAGAAGUUGCGGUAAGAGAUAAACACAAGGGAGUUAAUCCAGGUCCAGAAGUUCUGAAACAGUAUCAUUACAAUGGACAAGAUCCAAUUCACAAUGUACAGUGUAUGAGCGGAGCUUACACUCACCAGGACAAAAUAGAGAAGGACAUUAAAGAUGAUAAAGACAAGCGAAUGUCGGUGGAUGUGGCUGUCCAGAAGGAGCAGCCAGAGUUGUGUCUUGCCCUACGUAGGUUGCUCGCAGGGGAAGCCUUCUAGAAGAAGGCAAUGAAGAAUGUUUUCACCUUUGUGGUGUGAAAGCGAGGUCGGUUAUGCUUAUGCUUCUUGUGGCAGUAAUUUCAAUACCUAGGAACAAUUUUCUGCAAGGCUGAAUAUUAACACGAUUUUGAUAUAAUGUGUUGUACACCUAUCUCAUUCGUGUUCUGUUUUUUGACAUAAUGCGCUGUAGAGUACACCUGUCUCGCCUUCUAACUGCAAGGCCAGGUUGGGGAUGUGGGUUUGGUGCCUUCUGUAGUAUUUGAUAUUGCUUCUUGUGAUGGCAUCUCCUUUUUUAUGGUUUC